AUGAGAAGAGAAAAGAGGAAGAAUGAGAAGAAAGUGGAGAAAAGAAGGAAGAGAGACAGGAGAAUAAGAAAGCAAAAAGAAGAAGAAGAGAAAGAAGAGAGAAGAGAGAGAGGAAGAAUGAGAGAAAGAAGGAGAAGAGAAGAAAAGAAGAGAGAGAUAGAAGAAGAAGAAGGAAGAAGAGGAGAAGAAGAAGAAAAGGUAGAGAAGAAAAGAAGAGAAGAAGAAAUGAAAAGAGAAGGAAGAAAAGAAAAGAAGAGAAGAAGGAGAGAAAAAGGAAAGAAGAGAGAAAGAAGAAGAGGAAGAGAAAGAGAAGAAGAGAGGGAGAAGGGAGAGAAGAAAGGAGAGAGAAGAAGGAGAAAAAAAGAAGUAGAAGGAAGAAGAGAAAGUAGAAGGAAGAGAAGAGAAGAGAGAGAAAAGAGAAGAAGAAAGAGAAGUAGAAGAGAAAAAUGUUUGGGAAAGAUAGAGGAAGAAGAAGAGAAGAUGAGAAGAAAGAGAGAAGCAAGAGGAGGAAGGAAGAAGAGAGAAGAUAGAGAAGAAGAGAGAAGAGAGAGGAGAGUAAGAGAAGAAGAGAAGAAAAGAAAAGAAAAAGAGAGAAGAAGAAAAGAAAGAAAGCAGAGAGAAAAGAGAAUAGAAAGAGAAGGAAGGAAUGAGAAGAAAGAAGAGGAGAGGAAGAGAAGAAAAGAAGAAAAGAAGAAUAGCAGAGAAGAAAGUAGAGAGAGAGAGAAGGAGAGAGAGAAAGGAAAGAAGAAGAAGAAGAAAAGUAGGAAAAGAAUGAGAAGAAGGAGAAGAAGAAAAGAUAGAAGAGAGAGAAAAGAGAAGAAGAAGAAGAAGAAGAUAGAAAAGAGAGAGGAAGAAAGGAAGAAGAAGAAGAAGAGGAACGAGGAAGAAGAAAGAAAGAAAGAAGAAAAGAAGAAUCGAAGGAAGAAGAAGGAAGAAGAACGAGAAGAAGAAGGAAGAAGAAGAGAGGAUGAGCAGAGAAGAAGAAGCAGAAGAGAAGAAGAAAGAAAGAAAAGAGAAGGAAGAGAAGAUGAAGAAAGAGAAAGGAAGAAAAGAAGAAGAAAAAGAAGAAGAAAGAAAGAAGAGAGAAGAAGAAAGAGAAAGGAAAGAAGAAAGGAAAUAGGAAAGAAAGAAAAAGAGAAAAAGGAAAAGAAGAAAAGAAGAAAGAAGAAGAAGGAGAAAAGAGAGAAAGAAAGAGAGAAAGAAGAACGAAGAAGAAAGAAGGAGAAGAAAAGGAAAGGGAAAAGGAAGAAGAAAGGAGAAGAAGAGGAAGAAGAAGAAGAGGAAAAAGAGAGAAGAAAGAACAAAGAAGAGAAAGAAGAAGAAGGAGAAGAAGGAAGAAGAAAGAAAAAAAGGGAAAAAGGAAGAAAGAGGAGAAAGAGAGAAGAAAAGAAAGGAAGGAAAAAAAAAAAGAAGGAAAAGAGAAAAAAAAGAAGAAGGGGGAAGAGAAAGGAAGGAAGAAAGAAGAGAGAAGAAGAAAAAAAAAAAAGAGAAGAAAGAGGAAAAAAGAAAGGAGGGAAGGGGAGAGAGAGAAAGAAAGAAGAAAGGAAAGGAGAAGAAGAGGGAAGAAAGGAAAGAAGAGAAGAGAAAGAGAGGAAAAAAAAGAAGAAAAAAAAAAAGAGAAGGAGGGAAAAAGGAAAAAGGGGAAAAGAAAGAGAAAAAAGAGGAGGGAAGGGAGAGAAGUAA